AUGGGAGGGGUGGGUUGGGGAAACGAGCGAGAAGUAAGGGUGUUUUUAUCUCUCGGUGCAGGUAAUUAACUUCGACUCGCCGCGUGGCGGCAUUAGCCUGGUGACGGAGAAGGGCCCCGAAACGACGAGUCGUUUAAUGAUCCAGAAAGCGGUGCUGAGCGACUCCGGGAUCUAUACCUGCGAGCCGAGCAACGCGAAUCCCAGCAGCAUCAAGGUGCACGUUGUUAACGGUACGUGAACGACGAAAUAUUCCAAAAGCUAUUGCCUCUCGUCUCGACCUUCCGUUAUAUUAAUCGAUCUGCCGUUAAAUAUUUCUCUCUCGUUGUUCUUGGGGAAUGGGGGAACGCCACGCGGGCGGAUUUGGCCUAGAAUCGACGUUGUCGCGAUCGAUCUGAACCGUAGUCAGGGCGUUCGAAUUCAUCGAAAGCCGUGCAUCUCGCGCGACGUAUCGUCGCGUAGACUCGAGGCGCGAAGUUGACACGGUUUAUCACCUUUCAAUGGGGCGAGGAAAUGACGUCGAAUGAAAAGGUGAAACGUCACGUGGCUGCGCUAUUAAAGCGCAGUCUAUCCGGUGUCGAGUUUAUUAUUUACGCGGAUGAGAGAAUUAAUGAAUCAUUUUCGCUAAUUUAUUACGAAGUUCAUUUUUAAACUGACUUGACAACUUAUUCUUAGGGUAGAAUAUUUGAACAGUGAUUAUUUAAGCAAUAUCUUAUCUUAUCUGGCUCGAUGUUAUCUUGAAAUAAUCUUACGUCAGUUUAUUUGAAGAGGUAAACGAUUUUUUUCUCUGAUUUAUUUCGUUAUAAAUUUCAUUAUGUAUAUGAUUAUUUAUUAGAUUAUAUUAAUAAUAGUUAUAAUCAUAUAA